CGAAAUAAAUACGAAAUGAGCAAGAAGAUGUGGCACAAAAUAUUCAAAUCGAAGGCGCAAAAGCAGCAACAGCAACAGCAACUGAAUAAAAUCAAUAAGCGUCACAGUCGCGGCAUCUACGAGGAGUAUCAGCAAUUAAAUGACUUGCUCAAUGGUGAAAAAUCGCCAGCGUUGCGUUUGUGCAGUGAAAAUGAAAACGAAAACGGCAACUGCAACAGCAACAGCAACAGUAACUGCAACAGCGGCAACAUUAAUGUGUUUGAGCAGCAGCCGCAGCAAAGUUCUUUCAACUCGGCGGCGCUUAGUGAGGCGCAACAGCAACAAUUGCUGGCGCAGCAACAGCAGCAGCAGCAGCAACAAACGCAACAGCUGUCAACAUUUUCGCGCGUACGCAACACAUUCUCAUUGCGUCGCAACAACAAUAGCAGCAACAACAAAAAGCAAACACCCAAUGCCAAGUCAAGUGAGUCGGCCACGCCCACAUCUGUGGUAGCUGCUCAACUGCAGCAUGUCUUGAUUAUAGUUAAUCAGAUCGAUGUCGCAGCAGUAACUGCAACAACAACAGCUACAGCCACUGCAACAGCAACAGCAACAGCAACAACUGCAAUAACAACAACUAAUACUCCAACUAACUCCGCUAAUCAUUUGCAUGCCAAUCCAGCAGUCACAAAUCAAUCAACGACAAUGGAAUGCAGUGGAGCCGGUCAAGAUCAGAGCGAUGAGCUUUGCCAACCGCCACCACCGCUGACCACGGGCCUGGAUGUGCCACCCGAGGAGAUCAACAACCACAAAGUGGAACUCUCCGCCUGUCCCAACUGCAGUCGCACCUUCAACACGAAUGCACUGCGCGUCCACAUAACCGUCUGCGAUAAGAUGAUGAAGAAGCGUAAACCCUUCGACUCGUCCCGUCAGCGGCGAGAGGGCACCGCCCUCUCCACCUAUGUGCUACCCAAGAAUUUUGGGCUGCCCAACGCGGAGAAGGCGGCCGGCUUGCAUACACCACCGGCUGCAAGUCGUGAGACCUCCAGCGUCUCGAGCGGUUCCCAGCCGCAGGAGGCAUCGCCGCUGCCGACACGCCGCAGAAGUCAGGACAGCACGGACUUGCAACGUUCCACGGCACGUGCCUCGAUGCGCAAAGGAUCCACAACUAGCACAGCGGGCACAGAGAACGUUCAAGGUACGCCACAACCUGCAGGUCGUACUAUGAGCCGGGAUCGUCUACGCGCCUCGAGGCGCGCCAAGGAACCCGCCGCGGAUCGUUGUCCCCAUUGUGAACGUACCUUCAAUCUGAAGGCCUUCGAUCGCCAUGUGGAGUGGUGCAAGGAGAAGGCCAUUCAGGCCAACAUGAAGACGACCAGCACCGCGGAGACAAACAAGGCCAAGGAGCGAAUGGAGGCACGGAAACAGUACAAGCCACCCAAUCUCAAAACGAAACGCUCGAUCAAUCGCGACAAAUACUCCGGCGCACAGGAAGAACAGGGCGAACCGGAAAUGGUAGCCACCAAACAGAAUCUGAUGUCGCUCUCCUCGAUGACAUCGUCCGUGCACAGUGAUAACUUGCAUCGAAAUGUGGCCGUGAAGAUGCAGCGUUCUGGAUCAUCGCUGUCCAAAUCAAAGACAAGCACAACUACAACGAUUACUCAGAAUAAAGUUAGUCUACGCAUGGGCGCCGAGGAGUCGUGCGUCGAGAAUCUGGAGCAGCGUGUUCAAUUUGGGAAUCCCCGUCGCAAAUCGCGCGAAACUUCCCAGGACAUUGAUGAUGCCAUGGAUCGUCUGCGAUCACUCCAAGUGGCCAAAUUGGACUGCGAGACGGCGACGCCCUUAAAGCCAGCAAAAUCACGACCCGUCAUCGCUCAACGAUCGAAGGCACAAACACCGCCGGAAUGCUUGGCCGGACCACCCCAAGCCACCAUGACAUUCGAUGAUCUCAAUGGGUUGAUUAAGCGCAGAGGUGGAACUAAUAUAUGCAAUAUCAAAAUGGAUAUAGAUGAGCAGGUGAUCAAGGUGCCCUCGAAGCUGCAGUCAUCCGCAUCGCUGGUGCGUAAGGCAUGUCGUCGCAUACGGACACGAGAGAAUCCAAAUAUUGAUGUGUGCUCGCUUGAGCCACCAAAGCCAAUGAGCACAAUUAAUGUGGCCAGCAAGGAGAGCUGUCAUGCCCUGCCAGCACCGGAGUCAUUCCGUUGCAUCUCAAAUGAAACAAUGUACUUCGGCUCAGAGGAGGGAGAUACCUCGCCCCGGGGCGAAGUACAGAUCAAGCUGGAGCGGAGCACCUUUCAGACUGUUUGCCGACCCAAUAAGAAAUCUCAGCUGCCGAUCAUAACAAACAACGCGGAGCCGAUGAAGGCGCUGCCCAUGCCAGAGAUUAAGACGAAUUUCCUGCCACGCAUUGACCACAGCAAUGGACCACAACAGCACUAUGAAGAGGAGCCGGACGAGGACUUGGAUUGUGGCACAGAACUAGAUGAGCAGGAGACAUACGAUGAGACCGACAUGGAAGUUGGCCAGCUGCUGAGCAAGGCAAAACUACUGGAAGGUGACUACGAUGAUUAUAUGGACGAUGUGCUCUACAGCGAGGACGAGCAACUGCAGCUGCAGCCACAGAUUCUGUCGCCAUUGCGUAGAACUCCAACGAAUGUCAGUCGUCGUCUGGUGCUGCUCGAGCAGGAUGAGGAUGGCACCAUGUACAUUAAGGCGCCGCCAUCGCCCACCAAACGACCCCCGGCACGUUUAGCCAUCAACUCCGAACGGCAGCUCAUCGAAAGCGGGUGUAGUCCACUGGUUAGCGACAAAUACGAUCCGUUUCUGUCCGCCAAGCGUCAGCUGGAGGAGCUGUGCUCACCGAACACACCACCCGACAACGAACCAGUGGUGGUCCAACCCACAACCACAACGACAACACCACCAAUCCUAAUGUCCACAUCGCUAACCAGCGCACUGGGCAAAGUGCACAACGCCACAACGAUGACACCGACAUCGACAGCCAGUGGACAAAAGACGACAACGCCAAAUUCGAACUUUCGACGCACCUCAUCCUUGCGUGGUCCACGUCGCACACCACUGCUGCCCAGUCGUCCGCUCUUUGCCAGCAACUAUCGGCCCACCAUUCAGCGCGGCCUCUCCGACGAGGGUCCCAUCUCCAGCAACUUCCUCAAGCCCGAGGAGUACGAUGAGAUGCCGGUGCGUGCCGCCUGUGUAAAUGAUUUCCACAGUCCACGCGUUGUGCGUCGCGAUACGAGCGCCUCCAAUCGCAAGCAGCACAUGAAACUGCCGCUCAGCAAUGCCACCGAGCAGCCCGCUCGCAAUGUGGCCAAGACCGACUCACUGGCCGUGUUCCUCAAAUACGAGCACGAGCUGGAGCAGCUGAAUGCGAAGGCGGCCGAGCUGGCAGCGGCCAAUAGCAAAGAGCUGAGCAGCAAGGAGCUCAAGGAGAAGAGCAACAAUCUGAGCAAACAGAACUCGGCCAAGAAUCUGACGGCAAACAGUGGUCAGUUGCCUCCGCUGCUGACCACGCCCAUCUGCCCGCCCAGCCAAGUGGCGGCCGCCAAGGAGAACAACGAGAAUUUGGUACACAAUUUUGCGACUCCGUUGCGUCUGGAGCCGAUUAGCGGCAGCAAACCCUUAACGCCAGUGGCACCCAGUGGAACGCCCAUGCCCAUUAAGCUGGAGAGCAUCUUUAGUGCGUACAUCGAUCCCAAGCUGAUCAAUGCCUGCGACAAUCUGAAUGUGCAGCAAUCGUCGACGGGCUCGUCCGAUGCCAGUUCGACGCCACAGCAAAUCACGCAGAGUCGCAGCAGUUCCCAGUCGACGAUAACCAUGGGCCCGGAGCAGCGUCGUCAUUCGGGCGAGGCACGCAAUCUGCUCAAGCGUAAGAUGCGAUUGGGUCGCAAUCAGUUUCUGUACGAUGCGUCACCCGAGGAGGCGUACAUCUCGUCGGGCAGCUGUGCGGAUGACGAAGGCAAUCGAUCCUCGCUGGAAUUCGACGAGCAGUGCUGGCAACAGCAGCAGAAGCAGCUGCUUAGCAAUCCACUGUUGGGCAUGACCAAGAUGCCCGUGUUGCCCACAUUUGAUGAUUUUGAUUUUGAGGAAUUUCUCUCAUCAUUCGAGAAUGAGAAUGAUGAGGAGCAAUUUCCGCUGUUUCGGGAUUGCCGCGAGUUUCUGCUGAAUCGCACGACGAGCCGGCAACGCUCGUGCCAGAAAGCGACUUCAACACCACAACAACCACAAUCCCAAUCCCAAACCCAUACCCAUACACCGACAGAGACAGCAACAGCCACACUAAGAUCCCCAGCCGGUGUCACCACCAGCGGCUCCUCCAAUUUUAUAACACCACCCAAAAUGCAGUACUUUGCGCCGACAACUAAACAACAAUUGGCAACCCACAGAUCCGAUUCGAAUGCUUCGAGUAGUGGUGGCUCCUUUAAGACGCCACUCAAUAGCAGUGGCUCCUAUAAGACACCACCGAAUUCCACACCGUUAAACAGCAGCGAUGAGAACAACACCAACAACCACAACAACAACAACAACAACAAUAGUCACAAGCUGCCAAGAUGCACUGAUGAGUCACAGAAGCGUGAGAUUUUCAUUAGCAUUGAGACGGAAGCGAAUGCCCAGGGACAUUCGCCCAUUUCGCCGGAUUCACUGCGUCAUAUGGUGGGCAAUGCGCAGACACCCAUCGAUGUGCUGCACAUCGAGAAUGGCAAUGAGCCGGAGCAUGCCAAGUUCAGUAAGAUUAGCGAUAAUGAGGAUCAGUUCGAUGCUGAGCACGAUGAUGAGCCCAGCCACGGUCGUUGCACGACGAAACGGCUAAGCUCAAUGCCGGGCCCAGUAGCGACCACAACACCAAUAUCCACAUCCACAUUGCCAUCGCCAUCGCCAUCGUCAUUGGCGCUGCCCAAUGUGGAGGCGAACAAUGCCAAGAAUGUAAUCGAGAAGAUGCGCAACGAUUUCCAGCAACUUGGCGAACAGGCGGGCGCCUCUGUGCGUCGCGACCUCCUGCUGCGGCAGGAGCAGGCGCUGCAGAAGCAACACUUGCAACAGAUGCAAACGCAACAACAGGAACUGAAGCUUAACGCACCAUUGACGCCAUCGCCAUCUGGUGAUUCCGAUGAGUUGAGCAGCCUGGAUGGUUAUCCCAUGUCCUCGUCGCACUCAUCGCGUCGCGGCGCCAGCUCCAAGCUUAGCUCCGACUCGGCUUACGGCAGCAGCAAUUCGCCCUACAGUCUGUCCCGUCAGCGCUCCAGUGAACUGCAGUCUGGCAACUCGCCACGCAACCAGAGCCAAUUGCGUCCGCACACGGCGAGCGGCACAAUGAGCCUGCAGAGCGGCAAACAGGUGGCAAACAGCGGCAUGAUGGAUGUCUCGACGCAGGCACAAACCAACUUUGGGACACUGAAAGCGCGUCAGCGCAUGUUUGCUGGCAAUGGCCUGGUUAGCCCUGCCAUCAACGAUGCCAAUGCGGAAUACUCCAGCAGUAGUUCGGAGCACUCACUGCCUUUGCAACAGCAGCAGCAGCAACAACAGCAACAAAACAUCAAUUACAACUACCAACAACAGCAGCAGCAGCAGCAGUCGCAAGCGCAGGUAGCAUACAAUAAUAAUAACAACAACUACGAACUUAAUGCCAAGAACUUGAACAACAACAACAACAAUAGCAGCAGCAGCAAUAAUAAUAAUAAUAACAGUGUGAGCUGUAAUUUAACGCCCACAACAUCGCUGCACUCGCUGGCGAGCAACAAUUCGAACAGCUCGAUGACUGCCAGCAUGAAACUGUCCAAGUUUUGUCAUGAAUGUGGUGGCAAGUUUGUCAUAGAGCACGCCAAGUUUUGCAUGGAUUGCGGCGUCAGACGUGUCGUGCUCUAAGUCCACAAAUGUAAUUCAUACUAAUAGUUGUAAUUGCUGCACACACACACACACACACAACACACACACACAGAUGGAGACACACACACGCACACACCUAGACAGAGUGGCGAGUGAGCUGAGGAAACUAACCUGUUGGCCUGGCAGGGAAGCGCGGGGUUAUACCAAAUGUAGUCAUAACAUGCAAGCAACUUAAUGAGAGAGAACAUUUAUCUAUAUAUAUACAUAUAUAUAUAUUUACCAUAUGUAUAUUCUAUAUACUAUCUGCACCUUAAAUAUAUUUUAAUAAUAAAAAAUGCAAAAGUUUGAAAACGAACAAAAAAAAAAACAAAAAACAUACAAACAUAUGCAAUAUUAAUGAUAAAUAACAAGAAACUUUCAUUUUAGUUUACUUGAAAACACUUUUAACCAAGUUGUUGAUUAACAAAGACUGAACGAAUUUAAAACGAAAAGCGUUGAAUGCACACAAAAUAUAAACAACGGAAAAUAUAUGAAAAAAAAAUCUUAUUCGAAAUCUAAUCCGCAAUUGAAAUUGUAUUUUGUAAACUGUUUACUAAUUUUAUAGACACCUGCUUAAAUAUGAUAAUAUUUACUUAUAUGAACACAAUAUUUAAUUCGACUUUUAUAGAGUUGGAAAUAAAUGGAUUUGCAUCACA